AUGUCAAAAAGAUUUUCCGUACUACAGUAUUACUCGUUGCCAUUAUCUUCUACUCUACAAACUACCGUUGCGGCACAACAGUUGCCAUUAUCUUCCACUUUACAAACUAACGCUGUUCUACAGCGAUUGCCAUUAUCUUCUGUUCUGCAAGCAAACGUAACGCCACAGCAGUUGCUACCACCUUCUAAUCCGCAGACGAAAGUUGCGGCACAACGGUUGCUACUGCCUUCUAAUUUGCUGCAUGCAAAAACUACAACACAGUCGCCGUCAUUACCUUGCACAAAGUCUUUACAAGCAAUUAAUGAAUUUCAGCAAAAUUUAUUAUACCUUCGCAAAAUUCGAUUGUUGCAAGAUCAAGCAACACAUUAUGCUAGAUUAGCACAAGAUGCUUGGGAAGAGGCUAGAGCGAUCGCUUCUUCUUUGGAUAUACCACCACCAUCACUGCCGGACGCAAUAGAUUUCAUGACACAUAAUUAUUUGAAAUACCGAAAAGAGUGGAAUUUAUCGAAAAAAGCUGAAGAACAAGAGAACAUUAAACCGUGCUUAUCACAAAUUGUUGACCUGGAAAAUUCCGUAUCGUCACAUGCCAUUGUAUCACUAUCAUCCGGUAUCCAGUCCACUUUCGAACGGAGAAAGUCUAAUUCUGUACUGGAUCCAAGUUCCAACAAAUUCCAUGCUAAAAUGUAUCGGACGAAUGUGUCUAUGAUGAAUGUAGGCACAAGAAUGAUCGAUCAACAGUUGUCAACGACACCGUUGCGACAGCAACCAAGUCAGCUUAGUUAA